GGACAAUCGAUCGUUUAUGCUACUGAACAGACCCACACAUUGCUAGUAAAGGAAUUGGCAGUGCUACGUGCAGUGCUCCCAAUGCAACACACCCACACACGUGAGGCGGCAAAGCAGCACAACUAGGAUGGAUCGCCAGGGCCUUCUUUGCCUUCCUCUUCCGUUGACCGGCCUGGCGCCUGGUCGCCUCCUCCAAUUCUGGCUCGUUUGCGCGGAUGAUGUGGCGGGAAGUCGAUGCAGUCGGGCAGAGCUGUGCUGGUGUAGAGGUCCAGGACGACCUCUUUCCUCUUCGCGUCAUAGUACAGGAGGCCCUGGUUGUGAUCCUCGAGCUUGUCGAGAAGGAAGGCAAUCACAUCGUAAAGGAAACGGAGGCACACCUCUGGCUCCUGAAGCAACAACAAGAAACAAGAGAUGGCACAUGGAUACCUCUCUCAAAGAAGACAGACAUGGUUUCCUGUACCCAUAGCGGUGUCCUUUUGUUGCUGUUGACUAUCACGGGGAUCUGAAGAGUGCUGCACAGCAAAGAAACAUGGUGACACUCGCACAAUGGUGGUUGUUGUGUCUUGCAGUGCAGGGGUACUCGAAGGUCUCGACAGCUUGGAGAGUGCCUCUGUCGUCUCGGAAGCCACCUGUGUCAGUAACAGGGAGAAAGAGAGAGAGACGAGGAGAGCACCAGACAGACAGACAGACAGACAGGGCGGGAGGGUGUUGUUUGGGUCGAUAUGAUGAUAGCUCAGAUAGGCGUCAUCGCCACACUGCUCUGAUCUCACGCCCACAUAGGAUCUUGGGCACGCCGGGCAUGUAUGACUGAAUCCAAUACUUGAGCAGCUUCCGUUCGAAGUUUUGUCUGGCCCGUCCAUUGUCGAUUCGUGGAGUGACCUUGAGCUCAACAUACUCACCCUUAUCUGAGCUCAGCACACAAACACCUUUAUGGCGGUGGCACGCUGGUAUGGUUGUCUUUCCUUGUUUGCGCAGCUGACUGACCAUCGAUACAGUCGAUUUCUGAUGAGAAGAGUAUGUUGUAAGCACCAAUGCGCCUGUCAUCAUCGUACUCGGCAAGUGCUGACGAAACAAGUGUGUUGUAGUUCUGCAAUGGUGACAGAAAGGAAAGCUCAGCUGGUGGCAAGCAGCGCGUUUCCCGUUUGUGAGGUCACCUCUUUGCCGCCACAUGGCUUCGACAGAUCUCCCCCAGUCACGCAAUGCUCAAACUGACCACACAGCAACAUAUCCACCUACGAAGUCAGUCGGUCCAUGCUGCAGCUCACCCUGUGUCCCCUGUAGUUGAUUUCGUGCGGGAUUGGGUUCUUCUCCGUCUCCUCGUUGAUGCGGACAUCCAUGAUGAGGCAACCGUGACGCCUGACCAUCAAACGCGACAGAGCAAUAGCCCCGAUAUGCCUCUUUGCAGGUAUCUCGGCUGUCUACCUGUAGACGGCGAGUAUCCACGGAAACCGGUCAUUGUAUGGCGUGCCCAUUAUUUUGUUGAUAUUGUUCCUGUAUGUUAUCAGGUGGCUGUCGUACACGUCGCCGUCCUCGCAGAAGUGCGCAUGCAUGGCGAAAAUGUGCUCGAGCGGAGCACCGGGGAUGGGCUGGAAGGGAUCAGGCGCUGGCUUCUUGGCGGCCUCUUGUCGCUGAAUCCACUCAUCGAGAAAGGCAUUCAGGUCACACGGCAGCUGGGGAAUGCACAGCUUGGCCUGCAGAAGAACGAGAGAGAUGCAAUGGGGUCACAUCACAGACAAGCUGCUGAGAUCAGAUCUUGUUCAUCUCGCACCAGACAGGAUUUGUUCAUGCGGCAAACGCCUCCCUCAGCCUCUGACGAGCUGUAGCCAAUCUCGCGCUGCAAACGAGUCCACAGAUCCACCCCUCACCCCUGCUUGUUUUUGUUGCUUUUGCUUACUGGUCGUUCGUAGUCGAUGUUGGUUUGCCGCCUUUGCAGCUCCCUCAAAUCCACACGCAUCGAAUGGCUCGAGAGAGGCUUGCGCGUAUCUUCAGUCGACGCCAUUUCGCAGCAGCGAUU